ACAAGUAAAAAAAAAAAAAAGAGGCUUUUAUCUUUGGAGUACAUACAUUCAAUUGUGAGCAAUUUUGUUUUUCUGAUCUCUUUAAAGCCAAGAAAUUAUUCGAAUUUGAGAAGAAACUCAGAAUUUGUGCAGAAGGGUUUGUGAUUGAUCAGAGAGUAAGCAUGAACAGUUUUCUUUGUUAAUAAAAAAAAAGGGUUUAUGGAAGAGAGAAACAAAGGGUUUUUGGAAGAGAGAGAGAGAAUGGCGGAAAAGAAAAGCGAGGGAGUGGAGAAGGAGACGAUGAGUCCAUGGGAGCAGCAUGCGGCGGUUAUCAACCUCCCUCGUUUCGACUACAACGCUCCCUCUUCUCUUCUUCGUAACUCUCACUCUGGAUUUCUCAUCACUUGCACUCUCAAGCGAGAGAAGAGCGCCACAAAAGAAGCAAUCGCCAUCCUUCGUAAGUUCGUUGAGCCGGGUCAUUUUGACUCUUCAAACAACCUUAACGAGAAUAGUAUUUCCAAGAGACGGAAGUUGAUUGAUGAUGCUGGUGAGGAAUGUUUGGAUAGCAAGGAAACUGAGUCUGCUACUGCUGACUCUGAAGAUGGUAAACUUUCAAGUGCUGUUAAAGCAGGACCAGACAGAGAUGGAAUAACUGAUCUUUCUUUGGUUAAGCUCACAAGGAAUGGGUUGAUUCUCCUUACCUUUCCCAGUCACACACAACCUGACACAGUUAAUAUUGUCUCAAAUAUCAUCCAAGCUUUGGAAUCCGGGAAUGGAAGUUUGUUGGUUUGGUGUCAUCGCAUCUUCCCUAUCCAGGCUACCUGCAGUUUGAACGAAAAAGAACUACAAGAAGUAGUAUCAAUGCUUGUUAAAAAAUUUGUAGCUGCUAAACAGGACAAACUACAACGACCUCUAAAGUUUGCUGUUGGGUUCAACCGAAGAGGAAUUGAAGAAACUACAUCUGCGAAGGAAAAUUCAAAUGAUUCUAAAGCAUUUAGUUUGCUGGACCGUAAUAAAUGCUUUGGUGUGGUGGCGUCUGCAGUCAAUCAUGUUGUGGAAGAUUCAGUAGUGGAUCUCAGGUCUCCAGAGCUCUCUGUGCUUGUUGAGUUGCUACCCCUUUCUGGAGUACCCAAUGGGUCCAGAAUAGUCGCAGUCUCUGUUCUCCCCAGCAACCUUGUUAGUACAAAGCCUCGACUAUGCAUCAAAGCCUUGACUUCCAAUACUAAGGAAGCCUCUUUAGCUCCAUGAACACUGCGUGGACAAUGUUGCUUUGUCAGGUUACACAUCCUAGAAGCUAUAUCUAUUGGAUUUCGUAUGACCCUGCAAAUGGAAAUGGAAAAACACCAGCUAGAAAUAAGAAAUAGCUUACCUUUCUAACUUAUCACAAGUAAAAUCUGUAGUUACCUACUUUUCUCCACUCCUUCCAUUUUUGUUGAGCUUAUUAUAUCUUAAUAUCUCAAUAUUAAAUGUGACCUGCGAAAUCAA